ACAGAGUCGUAAAGCCAGAAAGUGCCAGACAUGUGCCUGUGUGCCAGAAACAGAGUAUGAAUGACGGCACCUAUGUAACCACAAAGAGUGUAAUCCAUAUUACAUUAUACAUACUAGUCUGUGGUGUAAAUUGUAAUCACUAAUCAGUCACUCGUCACAAAAAAUAGAACUUGAAAAUAAAUAAUAAUUAAUAAUCGUAUCGUGGUUUUUACCUAGGUGGUAGAUCUCAUUAAUCAUUAUCCAAUCUCAAUUCUCAGAAUAUUGUAGAUAUAUGUAUAAAAUGCCUUUCAUUAUGGUUAUUGACUGAACAGGGAAGCUUUAUUAGAAUAAUUAAUUUAUAAUGGAUAUUGUGUUGGAAGAGGAGAAUCCUUUAAAAAUAGAAAUUCAAUCAUCAACCAAAGCUGCAAUAGGUUUUAAAAACAAUGUUGGCAGGCCAACUAAGAAAAACGAGAUACUGUUUAGUACCCCACCAAAAUCCAUCAUAAUAUCUCAGUUAUUGCACAAAGAAAAAAAAUUAAAAGUAAAAGAUGAUCUAAAUGAAACCAAUGUUUGUACACAUGAAAAUGUUUUGGCAGAAAAAACUGUUAAGCCAGUGAAAAAAUGGACAUGUGAAUAUUGUUCAGGAAGAAUAUUUUACAAGAAAAGCGAAUACAAAAAACAUUUUAAAACACAUACAGUGUACAAAUGUGAUUACCAAAAUUGCUCUUAUUCUACAAAGUUUACUUCAAAUCUAAAAACACAUAAAAGAAUUCACACGUCUGAUUACCCAUAUGUUUGUGAUGAAUGUACAUUUAGGACAAAAUUCAUAAAUUCAUUAAAGACGCACAAAAGACUGCAUAAUAGAGAACUGCCAUUUGCUUGCCAAUACUGUGAAUAUAAAUGUAAUAGUGGAUCUAAUCUAAAAAAACAUUGUACUCGUAAACAUACCAAAUAACAGUGAUGAGUUCUCAACCCUCACAAUUUUUUAAACAUUGUAAUUUUAGUCAUUUCAAUGUACAGAUUAUACUUUAAGGAUAUUUUUAACCAGUAUGCAGUUAUUUUUUGUGAUUUUGUAUCGCUAUUAGAACACAUUUCCAUUAAUGUAUUCUGUAAGUACUUUUCUAUCACUGACAUCAAGGAUUACAUAUUCUAAUUUUUUUUAAUGAGAUUUUUUACCGGUUUAAAACGGCACAGUAACCAGUGUGUCAAAGAUAGGUUAUAGUAGUAUAACACAGAGCGGUUAUAGCAUGAGCAUAAGCUAUUACUAGUCUUUAUGCACAUGUUCUAACUGACCAUACACAACUACAGAUGGCAGCUCAUAGCAUAAGGGAUAAUUUAUGAUAGACCAUGCGAGGCCCAAGCAUACCACAUUUGAGGCACUUCCAACGCGUCGACAACCUAUGGAUUGCAAUUUUGUAUGAAGAAACGUAACAUGUACAAGGCUUGGACUAUUUUAUUUAAAGUUAUGUAACAAAAUUGCAGUAAACCAAAUGUGAGCAGUAUGAUAAAACAUCAUACUGUCCUAAAUUUAAUUUACUAUGCCACUACAAAAAUUUAAUCAUUUUUAGGCCAAUUUGAAUAAUUUCUGUAUUCAAGGUAAAAUGUUAAACAAAGAAUACAUGUUCAUUAUUAUAAUAUUGAUCAGGUAUAACAUCAAUGGAAUUAGAUUUAGAGAGAGAAUUGAAAUUUGUGCACUGGUUAAAAAUGUAUCCUGUAUUGUAGAUCAGGAAUUAAAAAAAAGAUAAGUACAUUAUAUUUCUAA